GUGGGGGCGAGGGAGGGGGCGAGGGCGGCUCUCACUCCUCUGCUCUCCUCUCUUCCCUCCCUCUCGGUACCCCCGCCUCCGACCUUCGCCGCUGCCCCGCUGCGGGAUCGCGUCUUGGACCGGCCCGUCCCCUAAGAAGUGGUGAGGGGGGCCCGGCCAUGGAGACCCUCGUGCGCCCCGGGGCCAGCAAGCCUCCCACCGGGAAAAGAAUGAAAGCUCGUGCUCCUCCUCCACCAAAUCAACCUCCUGCAGCAAGUAGAAUUCACAGUGAUCACAAGUCCCCUGCAGAGACAGCUGUAAUUUCUGAUCAGAACCUCAUGAGCAUGAAGGAGAACAUGAUAAACAGAUUGGUGGACUUCACAGUCAUUCUACCCAGUGGGGUGGAGCAGAAGAACACAGUACAAGGAAGUAAAGCUGUGAUGGAUGUAUUAGUUGAUUUAUGCAGCCAGUAUCGCUUAAAUCCAUCCCAACACAGUCUUGAACUGAAGUCUUCAGGAACUCAACAAGUUCUGAGUUACAAGCCAAACACUUUGAUAGGAGCACUGGACGUAGAGACAAUACUUCUGAAAGAGAAGGUUCCUGAAGAGAAGGCAAAGCGACCUCUGCCAAGAGUCCCUGAGAAAUCUGUGAGGCUGGUAGUGAACUACCUGAAAACACAGAAGGCUGUGGUUCGAGUUAGCCCAGAGGUGCCUCUUCACAACAUCAUCCCAGCUAUUUGUGAGAAGUGUGAAGUCAGUCAAGAGCACAUUGUUCUUUUGCGGGAUGGCAUAACUGGGGAGGAACUGGAGCUUACCAAGUCCUUGGAGGAGCUGGGGAUAAAGGAGCUGUAUGCCUGGGACAGGAAAAAAGUUCCUCCAUCAAAAACUCAGUCUGAACCUUCUCUGAACUAUAGAGAACCAAAUCGAAAGGCUUCAGUAAGCAAUGAUGCAAUAGAAAAAGAAAAGACACGACUUCUGGGAUUGUUUAACGCUGAUAGAAGAAGUAGCAAGACAGAAGAAUACUUGAGGAUGAACAGAGAUUGUGGUGAGGAGGAUGUUUUUAGUUCUGCAUCUACAAGUGAAGGAAGCUUGGAUGGUUUUUCCACAGCACCAAAUUCCCCUUCAGUGAAUUCUCGUUCCAGUGGCCUGGGUCCAUCACUGUCCCUUGGUAACAUCUCUGGAAUGACAGCAAACCCAGAAGUGAAAAAGCGCAGAGCACCUCCUCCACCAGUUGUGACGCCAGUGUUGCCGAACGUGGAGGUGAGAGGUCAAGAAAAGACAGCAGCACAGAUAUCACAAGGAGCAUCUCUGAAUGAUUUAAGGAAAAAGAAGAGGCGUGCCCCUCUUCCACCAGCUGCAUCUGCUCCACCCACUCCUGCCAUGCCAAACAGGACAGAAGAUAGGGAAGACAAGAGGAAGAGCACAAUGGUUUACUGUUGUGCAUCAUUCCCUUCAUACACCAAGCGCAUCUGACAGACCUUUCCUCUUCUAUGACCUUCAUACUUCCGAACCUCCUGUUGCCUCUGCUACUCUGAUUCUUCUGUUGCCUUCCUUUUUCCCCUGCUGGAAAAGAACGUUUUUUUUCUGACUGAGAUUUUGGCUUCUUUUAUUUUUAAACUCACACAUUCUCUUUUAAUUAUUAUUGAUUAUUUUUGGUUGUGGUUCAUAUUCAUUUGUCAGAUGUAUGCUCCAGAACUGUAUGCUGUGUUAUUUAAAUCUAUAUAUCACCCUCAAAAA